AUUCUAAUUAUCACCGUCACCAAUGGCUAUGAGAUCGGUAGUGAGUCGAGGAUCGGCGACUCGUUCGAUGGACUCAACAACUCGGGGUGCUUUUUCGCGCUUCUUCAGCGACAAAGGUCGUGUUUUGAGCGAGGAGGAACAGGCCAAAGAGAACGUCUACAUACAGAAAUGGGAGAGGGAAAGGCUCGAGAAACAGAAGCAACAGUCUGAUAAGGCUAAGGCUGAGAAGGACAAAGAUACCUCUGAUAAGAAACCUGAAGGUGCUCAGAAGGGCUGAGUCUAUCCAUCAUGCCAGCCGUCAAGGUCGUUUGUGAGAAAUAAGCAAUGGCAAAUAAAAUACACUGACUCUGAGUGGACUUUGGUCUUUGUAUAGAUUGUGUUUCUUGUUUAUUUGUAGUUUCUUCAAGUGACCGAUGAAAUCAUGUCAUUGUGUCCAGCAAACUUGGUAUGCUUCUUAUGAUGUGAUCCUUUCCAGUAAUUUUUCACAUUUAUGGGUUUGUCAGUGGUUUCGGUGUGGAUAGUUACUGUAAUUUCACUGUGAUGGUAGAAUUCAGUUUAGGAGUGAGUAGGUCAACUGAAUAGAU